AUAUAUAUAUAUAUAUAUAAGCUCUAAACAAAUGCAACAUUUAUUUUUGCCUCACAGUUUUUGCUGUUGCAGUGUAUACAUACAUUGCAAAUUAGGAAAGGUAAAAAAUAUAUUUUUAAUUCACCUUGAAAAAAGCCUGCAGAAAACAGUUUUGUGAGAAUCAUCCUCAAACUUAAUCCAGAACUUGGUAAAAUAUUCAAGCCUCUAGUCUUAAUAUUUUUUUUAUUCUGUUAACUUUUUUCUUUAAUGUUCACUGUUUAGCAUGAAAUCAUACUGGGAUGUUAGCUGAAAUUGUCCAGUAGUAACCAACUGCAGCCCCACCUAGAAAAUUUUCCACCAGCCACCACUGGGGUUUUCCUUCUGGCUAUCAGAUUUCCUUGCUUAAACACAGUGCCGAAACAUCUUUCUGAAAUCUUUUUCUAACUUUACAAAGGGAAACAAAUGGACCUGCAAAAAAUACAAAAAGAACAUGUUAAUACAUGAGAUCGCUCCAAUUUUGUGCACUGCUACAACAGAGAAUCAGACAAAUAAAAUUACUUUGAGCAAGAGUAAUAAAUUCAUCUGAAUGACACAUUAUAUUUUGAAUAGCAUGAACUAGACUUAGACAUGCACCCACAACUACACAGACUAGACACGUGUAUAACAAUCAGGGAAGAUACAAGAAAUGUUUACAGAGGGAAAAUAUAACAACAUAGACAUCACUAAAUGAAUUAACUUGAACCAGAGUAAUGACAGCAAACUCACCCUCUUUGCUGCCCUUAUGCCUUUGUUUUGUUGUACAUUUUAUACUACCCACAACAAUGUUUGGGCUGUUUUCUCAUUGUAAUGAAACCAUCUUGACCAGCAGGUGUCGCUUUCAAACAGCGAAUAAAUUGGCAAAGCAAUCAAAUCAAUGAAUUCGGAGUUUCGAAACGCCCCGUUUUUUUUUUCCAUAACUCAGCACAGUCUGCAUUGAACUAGGGUCUUCACACUCUCUACAGCUAAAUAUAGAGAGCAAAAUACAUUGUUAUUUUUGAAUAGGGAAACAUGCAUUUUUUGGCAUCACCAGUCAGCAGAUGUUUUUUUUUUGUUUGUUUGUUUUUUUUAGUCAGCAGAUGGUGUAGUUUACAGCAGCGUUGACAGCUUUACGUCUUUCGAAACGCGACAGUCACGUGAUCUGGCGUGCGUCAUACAUGUGCGCAAAGCAAACAGCUCAGCCAUUUUUUGUUUUUGUUCAUUAAUAAAAAGCUUUUUAAACUGCGAUCGAGUGAUUGAUACGCUUGAAGGUUUGAUAUCAUAUUUAAAGACUGUAGUCUGUAUCGAGAGGACUGACAGACAUUUGACUGCAUUACAUCCACAGCAUCUGUUUGUGGGAGGCUCUGGAAGUAAAUAGUCAUGACAGAGAGAAUAUUUGUGUUUGUUGAUGAAGAGGAGCUUUUCAGUUUGAUGAAGGACCUUGACUGUCUCUACUGUAGGAAUCCAGUUACUGCAUCUAAACAUCACCUCAAAAAGAGACAUCUCAGAUUCGCUAUAUAUUAUAAAGAUUCUGGCAUUGGGAAGUUUUCUAUCCCCUGUUAUUGUGCUGAUGGAGGCCAUGGCAGGAGCCACUGGCACUGCCCAAUGUGCACAAAAAUAUUGCAAAGGACAAAGGAUUACAAAAUUCAUAUUACCAACCAUGGUGUUAAGAUGACAGACAAAUCAACAGCUGAGCUACAACCUACAACAGUACUGUUGGAGACUCUGCAAACAGACAAUGAAGACAGGACAGCAGGCAAUAAGUCAGCAUGCCAAAAGUGUGGAAUCCACUUUACUACCACAUCAAAUUUGAGACGGCACGAGAGACUACAGCAUGGCCAAGACCAACAGCCCAUGUUAUGCAUAGAUGCCAAAAAUGCAAUCUAUGUUACACCCAAGGAUCUGCAUGGACCAAGAGUGCCCAUUCAUAUCCGUAAAUCCUUUGCCUUACAAAUUCUGCUUUGUGAAUUGGAAGAAUGCUGGGAUUUUAUGAAAGCGCAGGCCCAGAGAGGAAAUCCUGGUAAAGAAUGCCGCCACCUUGUGAGAACUAAUCACGCACGACACUACGUUCCCCCUCCACCACUGUGUGUCAACUCUCUGGAGGAAAUGACUGACAAACACGUCCUGUCCAAAUCGGAGAAACAGGAGUGCCAGGAAAUGAACUCAAGGGCAUGUUUAGAGGGAGUUGAUUGUGUGUACCCUAUUUUUUGGGAGGAGCAUGAACUUUCAGAAAGAUGCAUCUACUUUUCUGUGUACACCGAACUUAAGGACAAAUGGUGUCAGUUUGGGAGGACACGUGUCUCUUUUGAUACCAAGUCUGGCAACUGGAAGUGUCUAUGUGAACACAAAAGAAACCGUUGCAUCCACAAGUAUUUAUCUAUGUGGUGGUUGUUCCAGGAGCGUCCUGAAUUGUUGCAAAAUGCCCUAGAUAUCAAUGUUGAGAGUAUCGACGUGCUGGAGGAAGUGGUCCUGGAUGCUGAGGAUGUGGUUCAAAUGUCUCCGGGGGGUGAUGACCUCUGCUAGCCACUGGUCUCAUCCAUCAAAACUACAGUCUGAUUUUUCUGUGUCUUCAGUCAAUAAAAACACUGGCCAUACCCUUUA